CAAACGACCUGUGGGGGCAGCACUACGCCUUGCUGCGUCUAGUCUGACGCAGAUUUAAACAGAAGAAGAAGUAAAGGGCAGUUUCUUGACGGCAGGACGAAGAGCAUCAUUUCAAACAGCCAUAUAACCAAAGCUCAACAACUGAGGCACUAACACACUGGCAGACAUGUCGUACGGAAAAGCAGAGAGCCGCCCUGUCCCACGGGACUUCACCUCCCUCAUACAGACAUGUAGCUCCAACAUCCAGAAGCUCACACAGAACACGGCUCAGAUUAAGAGCACGGUGAACCAGCUGGGGACCAGUCAGGACACCAGUGAACUCCAGGAUCGUCUGCAGCAGAUACAACAUUAUACCAACCAACUGGCAAAAGAAACCAACAAGCACCUGAAAGAGUUGGGAUCAAUCCCUUUGCCCAGUUCACCCUCAGAGCAAAGGCAGCAAAAGAUCCAGAGGGACCGGCUGAUGAACGACUUCUCAGCAGCUCUCAACAACCUCCAGGCUGUCCAGCGGCGUGCAGCAGAGAAGGAGAAGGAGUCCGUUGCCAGAGCGAGAGCUGGAUCCCGCCUAUCGGCUGAAGACAGUUCUCGGGAUGAAAAGCUUGUUUCUUUUGACAACCAAGACGACUGGGGUCAGAUGACCACCCAGACAGAGGAGGUGGCGGCCAUCACAGAGGAGGACCUGGAGCUCAUCAAGGACAGAGAAACCAACAUCAGACAGCUGGAGUCCGACAUUUUGGAUGUAAACCAGAUCUUCAAGGACCUGGCAGUGAUGAUCCACGAUCAGGGAGAGAUGAUUGAUAGCAUUGAGGCAAAUGUGGAGAAUGCUGAAGUUCAUGUAGAACGAGGAGCAGAGCAGCUCCAGAGAGCCGCCUACUACCAGCAAAAGUCCCGGAAGAAGAUUUGUAUCAUUGCUAUGGUUUGUUCCAUAGUGCUCGUCAUACUUGGCAUAAUUAUCUGGAAAGCUGCUUCUAAUUGAGUUGACUCUGCACAACCGAUGAGGCACUUCUAUAUUUUACUCUUGCCCUUCCCACCUGCAAGUACCUGCUUGGAAUCAUGAGAAGAGGUCGUCAGCGGAUUAGAUCUGUGCCGAUGGAUGGUCAAUGUGGAAAACAUGCUCAUCUGAACUGAUCAAGCCUGUUCUUGUAAAAUGUUGAAUAACAUCCUGUUUAAACUGAGAUGAAGGACUGAGGUGAUGUAGGGGAGUGACCGUUCAUUUCUUGUCUUAUUUACUGCACUAACACUAGCUGUCACUGUAUUUAAAAAAAACACAACUAAAUGUUAUUGGGAAUGAUUUCAGAACAGGCAAAAUGAAAAAAGAAACACACAACUUGUUGAAUUGAAAUUCAUGUGUGGUUUUAAGAGGCUUUAAUGUUCUUUCUGUUGAUGUACAGUGUGUGCCUGGCCUUCCCACUAACAUUACAUGGGACUUGUAUGACUCCUGGUGGUGAUGUUGUCUGUAAUAUACAUGUUGUAAAAUGAAAGCUCUAACAGAUGACCAAUAUAAAUCAAAUCCAUGUCUGUAAAUAUUACAAAGUGCUGCAUUAUAUUCUGCUAAGUACGUUAUGGAUCAUAAAUAAUGACAGUAUCUCAAAAAUGAAAGUCCAGUCUUUAAACAAAACAUUUUUAGAUUGAUUUCUAUGACUCUUGACAGUAUGCAUAAUAAAUGUCUUAAACACUU